AUGAGGUCAACAUAUCCUGAGAUAACUGAUUACCAACUAAGUGUUGCAAAACAACAAGAUUUUACGUCUUGUGUACAAGCUGAUGUAAUAAAUACUUCAUACCUGUUAUGGUUACACGAGCUUGCGAUGGGCUCAAUUAGGCAGUGCACAUGUUGGCACAAGUACUUCUCCCGACGGGUAUUUGUUGUGGGAGUUCGACAUCAAAAGAAGCAUACUAUGAUAAACUCCAACAAUUGUUCAUCUUACAUAUCACAGAUCUGUUGUGUUGCAUAUCAUGGAAUUGUUACAUUAUUCGGAUGUGACUGGUUUAACACGACGAGUGGAACGGGUACUCGAAGGCGUAAAUAUAUUGUUGUAGAGGUGUUUAUGACUGGUACAUACGCUCAAAAUGAUCCAUUCAUACAAACAUCGCGGGCGGAUCAAGUGUGUUUUUUUGGCUAUCCACAAGUGAAUGUUCGAGAGGAUGAGUGGUUAGUUGUAGUCAAGGUUAGCCCACAAGGGAUCAUUGACGAAAGCAGCAAACACGUAGAUGCGGUGCAAGAGAAAGACACUUACUACCUCCACAAUUCUGUAGUUGGUUUACUAAAGGUACCUUCUCUCGUCGUACCUGGUGGUCAACUUGAAGACAUCCGUGAGGAUCCAAUAUCUGACAAUGAAGAUGAUGAUGAAUGUUACCCUGGUGGUGAACGCGGUUUGCAAGGGAAUUCGGAAGGCUAUAGUGGUGGUUGCGCCGGUAGCCAAGCUGGUGGAAGAGGAGUAAGAAGAGGUGGUGGGCGAGUUGGUGGCAGAGGUGGUGGGCGAGUUGGUGGUUGA